AUGGCGUGCACUGCUGCCACUGCCCACCUGCGGCGUGUCGUAGCUGCCAACGCUGAACGCUCCGACCAACACACAACACACCAUGACGCCGAUCGGACGCUCCAGGAAUUCCGAGCAGCAGCAAAGGCAGACCUGUCAUAUGCCCACAUCACCGCCUGCGUGACGUCUGGCUUCCCGUCCAACCGGAUCGUGGUUCCUGUAGCUGUCGGCCGCCGCACCCUUGCUUGUCUCCAUGACAGGCACCGCGGUGUGGAAGCCACUCGCCGUCGGGCGAGGCAGACUGUUUUCUGGCCUGGCAUUGACUCUGACAUCGUUAAUGCUGUUCGUGCCUGUGAACCAUGUCAAGUCCUCCAGCUGAGCCAACAACAGGAUCCCCUGAUGUAUGACGACAACCCAUCCAGGCCCUUUGAGUCCGUCAAGGCAGACUUCUUCACAGUCGGUGGCAAGUUCUUUCUUGUUAUUGCGGACAGACUCUCAGGAUGGCCUGUGGUCGUCCCAUGUGGUGCGCACACCACCGCCACACGCACCAUCCAGAUGUUCUGCCUCUAUUUCCGGGAAGUGGGUGUCCCCAUCCGUCUCUGCACUGAUGGUGAGCCCCAGUUUGCCAACGCAGACUUCCAGAACUUCAUGGAGCGCUGGGAUGCCCACCACAUAGUGACUUCGCCGCACUAUCCUCAGUCUAAUGGCCAUGCUGAGGCGGCUGUCAAGUCGAUGAAGCACCUCAUCAUGAAGACAACCCCCUCCGGCAACAUUGAUGCGAAGGAGUUUGCCAGAGGUCUCUUGGAGCUGUGUAACACUCCCAACCAUACAGGACGGUCACCUUCGCAACAUCUCUAUGGCCACCCUCUUCGGCCCUGCGUCUCUGCCCACCCAGAGUCCUCCGCAGACUGGCAGGCCAAGAUGGAGGACUGCGACCGCCGUGCUGCCGCCCAGGCUGAACAGGUGCAGGCUCACUAUGACCAGCAUGCCAGGCCCCUCCCCAAGCUAUGCAUUGGAGCCACAGUCCGCAUCCAGGACCCUGUGUCUCUCCGCUGGGACAAGGUCGAUGUGGUCAUGGGCCGCAGCAGGGAAUAUGAUGUUCGUCUCCCCAGUGGACGUGUCUGGCGACGCAACUGCCGUCACCUGCACCCAGUGCCGCCUCAUGAUGAUGAUCCUCUCUACCAUAUCCCUGUGGUCCUUUGGUCAGACGAGAAAAGUCCGUCUGCUUUUCUUGCUCCCCCAGUUGCCCCACGUCGUUCCCAGUGGCUCAUGAAAAAGAGUUCCGCUCGAGACAGUGCUACGAGCGUGAGCGGGGAGGGAGGUGUGGAUAUGUAA